AUGCAGAAGUUGGCUGGCCAGUACUUAAAGAAAGAAUGGCCUGGCGUGAAAGCAGAGGAGCGGACCGAUUUUAGCCUGUCGUGUGUGGACCAGCUGAUCAGGAUCCAGACCGAACUUCAGGAGACGGUCAAAGAUUUAGCCAAGGGGAAGAAAAAAUACUUCGAAACGGAGCAGAUGGCCCAGGCUGUCCGGGAAAAGGCCGACAUCGAAGCCAAGUCUAAACUUAGUCUUUUUCAAUCGAGGAUAAGCUUACAGAAAGCCAGUGUUAAGUUAAAAGCACGCCGGUCUGAGUGUAAUUCGAAGGCUACUCAUGCAAGGAAUGAGUAUCUUCUCACGUUAGCAGCUGCCAAUGCCCAUCAAGACCGCUACUAUCAAACGGACUUGGUAAACAUUAUCAAGGCUCUGGACGGCAACGUUUAUGACCACCUUAAGGAUUAUUUAAUGAUAUUCAGCAGGACUGAGUUAGAAAUCUGCCAAUCCGUUCAAAGCACAUUCCAAUUUCUUUUGGAAACUUCAAGCCGGGUCGUGCGAGAUUACAAUUUUCAGCUCUUCUUCCAAGAAAACCCGGUCUUUCACAAGCCGCCCUCCUUCCAGUUCCAACCGUGCGACAGCGACACCAGUUUUAGUGCCGUUCAGCUGGUGGAUAUUGAGCCCUCACUUGUCAGUGCCCUGAGAGUGACUUUAGUGGAGAGCCGGCAGCUGGAGUCUGAGACGGGCACCACGGAGGAGCACAGCCUGAACAAGGAGGCCAGGAAGUGGGCGACCCGCGUGGCCCGCGAGCACAAGAACAUCGUCCACAGUCAGCGGACCCUGGAGGAGCUGGAGUGCCACGGCCCGGUGGCCACCGAGCAGAGCCGAGCCGAGCUGGAGCAGAAGAUUGACGAAACCCGGGAGAACAUCCGCAAAGCCGAGAUCAUCAAGUUGAAAGCCGAAGCUCGCCUGGACCUCCUGAAGCAGAUUGGCGUUUCGGUGGACACUUGGCUGAAAAGUGCAAUGAAUCAAGUGAUGGAGGAACUGGAGAACGAGCGGUGGGCCAGCCUGCCAGCCAUGGCCAGCAACGGCUCUUCACACGUGCUAAACGUUGAUCUGGAAAGGGAAGACGGAGAAGACGGCCUGGAUGCUUUUGAAGACAGCAACUCCAGUCCUUCCGGCACCCUCCGCAAUUACCCCUUGACCUGCAAAGUUGUUUAUUCAUACAAGGCUUCCCAGCCGGAUGAGUUAACCAUCGAGGAGCACGAGGUCUUGGAAGUGAUCGAGGACGGGGAUAUGGAAGACUGGGUAAAGGCCCGGAAUAAGUCGGGCCACGUGGGCUACGUCCCGGAGAAAUAUUUGCAGUUCCCGACGUCCAACAGCCUCUUGAGCAUGUUGCAGUCCCUGGCAGCCUUAGACAGCCGGUCUCACACCUCCAGCAACUCCACCGAAGCCGAGCUCGUCUCGGGAAGCCUUAACGGAGACUCCAGCGUCUGUUUUGUAAAAGCACUUUACGAUUACGAGGGCCAGACGGACGAGGAGCUCUCCUUUCCGGAAGGAGCCAUAAUUCGCAUCCUGAACAAAGAAAACCAGGACGACGACGGCUUCUGGGAAGGCGAAUUCAACGGCCACGUCGGGGUUUUCCCUUCUGUCCUGGUCGAAGAACUGACCGCGUCCGAAAACGGAGAGGUGGCCUGCCUCGCUGAAGUUCAGGCCUUUCCGUCCGCCAAGUCCCAGAAUUCCCUGGCGCCCUUGCCCCUCUACGACCAGCCCCCCGCCAGCCCUUUGCCCAGCCCCGACAAAAGAGGAGCGCAGGGCUUCCCGCGGUCGCCAUCGGCAAACGAAAACAACUUCAAGUCAAGUUCCCCUGGAUUUUCCCAGCCAUCCCGACUCCUUCCUGAAAGCACUUCCUACGGCAAACUCAGACCUGUCCGAGCCGCCCCGCCGCCCCCCACCCAACACCGCCGCCCCCCCGAGAAGAUUGAAGACGUGGAAAUCACCUUAGUGUGA